GUAUAAAAGAGGGCCAGUCCGGUGUUUCGAGCAUCAAUCGAUUUUCAUCGGCCUUUCAAGCUUGUCACCUCCUCUCCAACGUACAACAUGAAGUGCAUCGCAGCUGUCGUUUUGCUCGCCCUGGUCGGCGUAGCUCUGGCGAAACCCCUGGAAACGGAGUCGAUCGAGCCGGUCAAGAGCGAGUCGCUGGCGCCGGAAGCUGAACUCGCGGCGAGGAACAAGAGAGGGUUGCUGUUGAGCGCGGCGUACACCGCGCCUGUAGCCUACAGCGCGUACACCGCCCCGGUCGCGUACACGUCCGCCUACAGCUACCCUUACGCGGCGUACGCAGGCUACCCUUAUUACGCUUCGGCUUACUCCGCACCGUACUACGUCCUUUAAAGCCUGAUCGACCACCGCCAUCUCCGUCAACGACCGGACUGCCCACCUAAACGCGACGACUGCACCGAUCUCGACAGCUCCACCGAGAGCUCUCCAGAUUUGAUCGAGAUGCACGAAUGACACGGCCUGAAGGAUGCUCGCAUCGCAACGCAAGGAUCAACGAUGAUCCGCCACCAAUUUGGACAAUUUCCAUCGAAGAAUUCUCGAUCGUGUACAAAAUUAUGUGUAUCAACAGCGAGAACGUUGCCAGCAUUCUUCAACGCUCUACUAACAAUUAGAUUAUAGGUAUACUUAUAUAUACAAACGUACGUAUAUGUAUCGUGCUGUGUAUCAUAAGACAUGUAAUAAAGUUUCGUUGCAAACCAUA